ACAAUUGUUUCUCUGGCAGCAGAUCUUGUUCAUCAGGAUUACAUCAUCUCUGGGAGAAUGUUCAAGGUCCGAAGCCCCGGUACAAAGAUGUUCUGAAGCAGAUGAGGCCUGUUCCCUUUCUGAAGCGGCACUCUUCUUCCUGCCAGUCUUCUUCACAGGAUUACUGAAGCGGACCUGUUCAGAGUUUCUUUCACUGGAUUGGCUGCUUAUUGGACCUGUCUCCCAGCUGCUUCCGGCUCACCUGGCUGAUGCAAUAUCUUUCUCUGAAAUCUGUGUUGGAAUUGGCUCUUGUAACACUUUUUGUUUAUCUUCUCUGGGAGUGGCCAGACAGAUCAUGAGUGCCUUGCAUUCUGUAAGUCAUGUGGAGAAGGGAUCGUCAGAAUGACAAUUGCUGAGGCCACUCUGCCAUCCUGGAGAAAUCCUGUUCUAAAGGACAGGGGUGACUGUCAAGUGUCUGGCAUGCUCUGUUCGACUCCUUUCCCUGGAAACAGUGCAUAGAUGAUGACUCCUAGAGGGUGUUCAGUGCCGGGAGAUUUUCUGAUUCCACACCUGCUUCAAACAACAGCCUGUGGCUCCAUGUGGAUUUUAUUGGAUUCUUCUGGGAAUUGUGAUGCUGACAAGAAGUUCAGAAUCUGCGGCAGUCAUGGUCUCUUUACUACUCGCACUCAUACACCUAUUUUUCCUCUCGUUUUCUCUCUCUGUUCUUCCUUCCUUCCUUCCUUACCACUCCUAAAGGAUACCGCUCCCUCCGUGGUAAUUUCAUUUUUCUGCUUCAAUAUUUUGCCUCUCCUCAUCUUGAAUCUACUCUAAAAUACAAAUCAAAAUCUUCAGAAGACGCUGGCAGAGAGGUUAUUGGGACUUCACAUCCACUGGUCAAUAUAAAGGUUUCCUCAUGUCCGUGACAUGUUGGUUGAUGCUCUGCGGCUCACCCCCGCUCUCAGAGUGGUCAGUCUCCAUUAAGUGGACCCCUUGAUCCCCACCUUCGCCGUGCCGGACGUCAUGAGCAUUGCAAUUCCUCUGGGAGUCACCACACCAGAUACAUCCUACUCCGAUAUGGCUGCUGGAUCCGACCCAGAAUCUGUGGAAGCUAGUCCAGCUGUUAGUGAGAAGAACGUGUAUUCCACUCACAGCUAUGGGACCGCCCAGAGGCUUGGGUACCGAGGACUGCCUUAUGCUGACCAUAAUUAUGGAGCCCCUCCUCCUCCGACUCCCCCUGCUUCUCCUCCUGUUCAGACCAUCAUCCCCAAUGCGGAGCUGAAUGGCCUGCACUUGCCAGAUGAGGAAAACUCUGGGGACAGUGAGACCUCAGGGGGCGACUCCAUUCCCAACUGGUGUCACUGUGGUCUCUCUCAGGAUGGUUUCUUCCUUAAAUGUGAUAAGUGCAGGGGAAUGAACAGUGGGAACGUGAUUAGAUUGCAGCGCAGGAAGCAGGACAAUGAGUCCGGUGGGGACAGUAGUGCAACUGAAAGCUGGGAUGAGGAGCUGUCCCCCUCCACAGUAUUGUAUACAGCAACUCAGCACACACCUACAAGUAUCACCCUAACGGUUAACCGGGUGAGAAGAACCAAGACCAAGAAGAGGAAGAAGAGUCCAGCAAAAGCUCGUGCUGCGCCUAAGACCAAAAAAAUCAAGGCAUUUCGAGAGGGAUCACGGAAGUCGUUGCGGAUGAAGAAUUCUCCUUCUGAAGCACAUGCUCUAGAUGAGAAUACAACUGAGGGCUGGGAAAACCGGAUUCGACUUUGGACCGAUCAGUAUGAGGAAGCUUUCACUAAUCAGUACAGUGCAGAUGUUCAAAACCUCCUGGAACAGCAUCUAAAUUCCAACAAAGAAUUUGUGGGUGAAGCUGCUGUCUUGGACACCAUCAAUAAGACAGAAUUGGCCUGUAAUAAUACAGUCGUCGGUUCGCAGAUGCAGCUACAGCUAGGUAGAGUGACUCGUGUUCAGAAGCACCGGAAGACCCUAAGGGCGGCAAAAGACUUGGCAUUGGACACCCUCAUAAUAGAGUAUCGAGGAAAAGUGAUGUUACGGCAGCAAUUUGAGGUCAAUGGGCAUUUCUUCAAAAAACCGUAUCCCUUUGUGCUAUUCUACUCAAAAUUCAAUGGUGUAGAGAUGUGUGUGGAUGCCCGCACUUUCGGCAAUGAUGCUAGGUUCAUCAGACGAUCCUGUACACCCAAUGCAGAGGUGCGCCACAGGAUUGCAGAUGGGAUGAUCCACUUAUGUAUCUAUGCGGUCUCUGCCAUCACCAAGGAUGCAGAAGUCACCAUCGGUUUUGAUUUUGAGUACAGUAACUGCAGUAAUUACAAAGUCGACUGUGCAUGUCACAAGGGAAACCGGAAUUGCCCCGUGCAGAGACGAAAUCCCAGUGCUGGAAAUCCUCUACCUCCACCUGCUGCCAGUCUAGUGACCAUUGGAGCCGAGACAAGACGACGGAAGGCCCGUCGUAAGGAGCUGGAGAUGGAACAGCAGAGUUGUGUUGUGGAUGGGAAUAGUACCCAGAAAGCAGAGGAGGCUCCGGGGGGAGUGACCACAACUAGUAAUAAGGAGGAGACAAACAGUCUGGAAGAGAAACCACGUGCGCAGAAAGUAGAGGCUGUCAGUGAGCAGAGCGUCCUGCCACAGAGCAAACGGACCCGAGAAGAGAGGAAGGUGGAAGCCAUCAUGCACAUGUUUGAAAAUAUGGAGAAGAGAAAGAGGCGUAAAGAGCAGCCAUUGGAACGGAGCAGCACAAGCCUAGAGGCCACUCCUCAGUCAGAGGCUCCUCGUCCAGAAGAAAAGAAAAGCGAGCCAGCCAAACCCGAAAGUAACAACUCAGCUUCUAAUGUCACGACCCCUAGCGUGCCAAUCAACAGUGGCAUGAACACACGGAGAUCUGCCCAGGCAGGGGAUGCAGCUGCAGAAAAGCCCGUCUCUAAACCAACUCCAGCCAAACCUUCUAGGCCUAGACCCAAGAGUCGCUUUUCUCGGUACCGGACUGGGUCAGCACAAAGACUGAAGCGUCAGAAGCAGGCCAAUUCACAGCAGGUGGAGCUAUCUCAGGUUGCCUCCGAGGAGGGAAGAAAUGGCAGCUCAGUAACAGCGGCAGAAGUUAGAAGCAUGGAGAAUCAAGGCGAAAAUAAGCCAGUGCCAGGGUCUGACCCCGUGGCAACCCUGGCUACUGGGACCCAGGUUAACCGGGCUGCAUUCAAGUACCCCAAAACCAAAAAGUAUCUAGUUACAGAAUGGCUGAAUGACAAACCAGAGAAGCAGGAGUGCCCUAUUGAGUCCCCUUUGCGUAUUACCACAGACCCAACAGUUCUGGCCACAACUCUGAACAUGUUGCCUGGUCUUACCCAUUCCCCAUUAAUUUGCACCACUCCCAAACACUACGUCCGCUUUGGCUCACCCUAUAUCCCAGAGAGGCGUCGAAGACCCCUUCCUCUGGAUGCCAACCUUGUUUCCUGUAAGAAGCGUUGGUUGAAGCAAGCCUUAGAAGAAGGGAUGGCUCAGACCUCAUCUGUACCCCAAGAGAAUAGAAUCCAGCAACUUUACCAAAGCAAUGAAAGCAGUAGCUCUUCAAGCAUCAGCAAAGAUACUGCAGACUUACUGAGCCCAAUAAAGCGAUGGAAGUCUCGCUAUCUGAAGGAGCAGAACGUUGCCAAGUUACUGAGGCCUCUAACUCCAAUCAUAUCUCCCAUCCCUUCCAUUCGUGGCUCGCUAAGCUCACAGCUUACCACACCCAGCUCGGCCUUUCCAGGAGUGGAGAAUUGUCGGAAUGGAACUGAUCUAAUGUUCUCACCAGCUCAAAUUCUUGCUUCUAGUCGCUGCAAUACUCCACUUCAAUUUGAGAACAUAUCCUCCCCUGAGAGUUCCCCUGCGCAUAGGCCCGCGCCCCUGUCACCUGAGGCUCUUCCUCAAAAGAAGCAGCAUUUGACAAAGGUAGCAUUUCUGAAAUCCAACACUAAAGACUGCCUGGAGAAACUGGCCCUACCCCACCCAGGGCCAGCCGACCUUGUUCUUCAGCUCUCUACCGCUUCUACUGCAGAGUCCAUCGUCUUGGGAAAGAGUGGAGGUGUAGAACCGAUCCUUGUGAAAAACUCAGACCUGGCUGUUCGGACGGAGUUUAAUUUAAUGUAUGCCUUCUCGCCUUUGAACGCUAUGCCUCGACCAGAUGGAUUGUUGCGAGGCUCUCCCCAGGUGGGAGAUAGAAAGCCUUUCAUUUCUGACAGAGGAUACUGUGGCUCUCCUGCAGAAGGCUAUUCCAGCAGAUACGAACACUUUCUUCUUAAAGGGACAUCGUAUGGAUCCCUGUCUCCAUUCAGCGAGAGAGCCUUUGAAGGACUCAAGUCUGUCCCCCAGAACCCACCUCAGAAGAAAAAGGUUUCUCUGCUGGAGUAUCGUAAACGAAAACAGGAAGCCAAGGAGAGCACUUCUUGUUUGGGAGGUGAUUCUGUACCAUGUACAGGAACUCCCACUCGGCAAGGCAGCAAUAGCUCGGUGUCUGACGCUGACACCUUUGGAAUGCAGGGAUCUUUCGUCCGAGCCCCAACAUCUCCUCAUUGCAGCUUAUCCCCAUCAUAUCCCUCAGUGCCCCAGGUAGAGGAGACAAACCUAUCAGAGGUCAGGGGCACUCCUCCCUCCUCGUCUCACAGCAAACCUCAAGAGAAUAUCAGCAGCAGAUGGAUGGUCCCCACAUCUGUGGAGCGACUCCGAGAGGGCCGCGGCAUCCUCAAGAAGGUCCUGCGCAGCGGGGCGAAGGUGUCACAGAGAAGGGAGCCCUCCCCCAUUUGGGAAAGCCCUGCAGAAAUAGUCCCAGACACUGCCGAGGGAGAUGGUCCAGAGAUGUUGAACUCCGCUGCCACCAAAAGACCAGCCGUUUACAGUCCUUCUAGAUACAGCUACCAGGUCCUGCCUUGUGAAAGUCCACGAGCAGAGCCCCCAAAUCUCCUCCAGAGGAGCGCCUCUCCCUAUAGAGUAUACCCCACUCAAACUAUGGGAUACAGUUACCGAGCCACAGCACUGAGAUCUGGACAUCUCCCCUCUUACGGUUUAUCAGAAUCCUCCCUCUCUUCUACUUCUUCUUAUUCCAGCCCCGCCCACUUGGUAUCUACUGACUCAUUACCACUGUUUGCUGGGGCAACAGGGUAUUACAGCAGCCAACAGCAUUCUGGGAGCAGCAUUGGCACCAAUCUUCUGAAGAGGAGCUGCGCCCCAACUGCUGCUAGUCCCUCACUGCAGGGCACCUCAGACUCUCUAACCUCAGACUCUGUUUCUCAGCCCAGCACAGGAACUCUGAGUUCCACUUCUACCCCUCUGAAUUCUAGAUCAUUGCCGUCGGACUUGCGGACUAUGAACCAGCCCAGAGCUGGGCAGUCAGCUUCCUGCCAGAUCUCCAGGGUAUCGACCGUAACCAAUUCACAGCACUACCCACACCGUGGGGGAGGGGGAGUCCGUCAGUACCGACUGCAGCAGCUGCAAGGGUCUGGAGCAAAGACCCAAAAGGGACUUUCCUAGGGCUUCUGGAUUUGGGCAAACAAGACUGAACGAGCCCAUGGCUGCUUCUGGCUGCCUUUGGAUCCAGGGAAGCAUGGGGAACUUACACCUGUUGCUGG